AUGCUUGAUCGUCUAAGCAAGGUUCCCGGGAAGCCUGGAGAUCUUGAUGGUGCAUACCAAGCCGAAGACAGUCGAAAUAGCCAGGUCUUUGUCUUCACAUCCUUUGGUGCUCACUGGCAUAUUCUGGUUGGUUAUAGGCGGCCACGGCUUGCAAGAGAGCAUUUGGGUAUGUCUGGUAUGAGCAAGACUGUAUAUGACUUCCAAAGAAUAUGGAGCGGACGGGUGUCAACUGAGCGUAGAGCGUGGGAGUUGCUUUCCUUGAUCGAUCAGAUACACCUUUGGGGCGUGACAGUCUUCAGAGAUUUUGUCAUACGACACUUAAAGCCAUGGCACGAGUUUGGAAAGCGAUGCUAUGUCAAUGAUAUCGACUUUACUACUUCUUCUUCUGAUAAGCGUAUCAGGAUUUUCGACGAGUCGGUUCGUUACUGGUUCCUGUAA